AUGGACACCAAGGAACCGGUACCCACCGAGGCGCAGCCCUCGUCGUCGACUUCAUCGACUACUGCCCGUAGCAUCGAGGAGCACAUCGAGGAGGCUCGUCGUAACAAUCCCAAUGGCACGACCCGGCCUACCGGUGUCUCGGUAGAGCAAGCCGAGGCUGACUUCGCCGAGCUUCAGCGCGAGCUAUCCCGUAUGUCUCGUGUCAGCCACCGCUGCAGCCACGCCGGCGACAACGACAAGGCCCUCGAGGCUGGCCUGGCCACUUCCGAGGAGACAUUUGAACAGUUCGACCUUGAGGCGGCUCUACGCGGUAACCUGGAUGAGGAGAGGCAGGCGGGUAUCAGGCCCAAGCAUCUUGGAGUGUACUGGGAUGGGCUGACUGUUAAGGGCAUUGGUGGCUCGACAAACUAUGUUAAGACGUUUCCGGAUGCGUUUAUCGACUUCUUCGAUUUCAUUACCCCUAUCAAGAAUCUGCUUGGAUUCGGCAAGAAAGGGACUGAGGUUACCAUUCUGAAUAACUUUAAAGGUGUGUGCAAACCGGGUGAGAUGAUUCUCGUCCUGGGAAAGCCCGGCUCUGGGUGUACAACGUUUCUGAAGACCAUUGCCAACCAGCGCCAUGGAUACACCGGGAUCACUGGUGAGGUGCUCUAUGGCCCCUUCACCGCUGAGGAAUUCCGCCAGUACCGCGGCGAGGCUCUCUAUAACCAAGAAGACGACGUUCAUCACCCAACCCUUACGGUCGAGCAGACCCUCGGCUUUGCCCUCGACGUCAAGGCCCCUGCCAAGCUUCCUGGCGGAAUGACGCGUGAGCAGUUCAAGGAGAAGGUCAUCACCCUGCUUCUGAAGAUGUUCAACAUUGAGCAUACGCGCAAGACUAUCGUGGGAAAUUCGUUCGUGCGUGGCGUGUCCGGCGGCGAGCGUAAGCGUGUUUCCAUCGCUGAAAUGCUCGUUUCGAAUGCUUGCAUCCUUUCCUGGGAUAACAGCACACGUGGUCUCGAUGCCUCAACCGCCCUCGACUUUGUCAAGUCCUUACGCAUCCAGACCAAUCUGUACAAGACCAGCACCUUCGUGUCUUUAUACCAGGCCUCCGAGAAUAUCUACAAGCUUUUCGACAAGGUCCUGGUUAUCGACGAAGGCCGGCAAGUCUACUUUGGUCCUGCGUCCGAAGCCCGUGCUUACUUCGAGGGUCUUGGCUUCCUGCCGCGUCCCCGUCAGACGACCCCCGACUAUGUCACCGGCUGUACAGACGCCUUCGAACGCGAGUAUCAGGAGGGCCGGUCCGCUGAAAACGCGCCCCACAGCCCCGAGACCCUGGAGGCUGCGUUCAAAGCGUCCAAGUACUAUGCCGACCUCGAGGAGGAGAUGCGCCAGUACAAGGAGAACUUGGAGAAGGAGACCGACAAGCACGAGGACUUCCGCGUGGCGGUCUGUGAGCAGAAGCGGGGUGGUGCCAGCCACAAGUCGCCUUACUCUGUGGGCUUCCAUCAGCAAGUGUGGGCGCUGAUGAAGAGGCAGUUCCUGCUCAAGAAGCAGGACGUCUUGGCGCUGGUGCUGUCGUGGCUGAGGAAUAUUAUUAUCGCUAUCGUGCUAGGUACCCUGUAUCUGAACCUGGGUCAGACCUCGGCCGCUGCCUUCAGCAAGGGUGGUCUGCUGUUCAUCUCGCUGUUGCACAAUGUGUUCUCUUCGUUCUCUGAGCUUGCGGGUACGAUGACGGGUCGCGCAGUGGUUAACAAGCACCGUGCGUAUGCGUUCCAUCGCCCGUCAGCGCUGUGGCUUGCGCAGAUCUUUGUCGAUCAGGUGUUCUCAGCUACGCAGGUACUCGUCUUCUCGCUGAUUGUGUACUUCAUGACCAAUCUGGCUAGAGAUGCGGGAGCGUUCUUCACGUUUUACCUGUUGUUGUUGUCGGCCAAUCUGUGCAUGACCCUUUUUUUUCGGAUUCUCGGGUGCAUAAGCCCUGAUUUCGACUAUGCGGUUAAGUUUGCGACAGUUGGUAUCACGUUGAUGAUUACGACUGCGGGUUAUCUUAUUCAGUACCAAUCUGAACAAGUUUGGCUCCGCUGGAUCUACUACAUCAACCCUGUCGGCUUGACUUUUGCGUCGCUUAUGCAGAACGAAUUCUCGCGCUCUGAGAUGACUUGUACGGCCGAAUCGCUUAUUCCUUCUGGCCCUGAGUACAAUAAUAUCAACUACCAGGUCUGCACGCUGGCCGGUUCAUCUCCUGGCACGCUCAAGAUCCCGGGCUCCUCGUACCUCGAGAAGGGCUUCUCGUACAGCAAGGGCAUCCUCUGGCGCAACUGGGGCAUUGUGCUUGCCAUCAUCGUCUUUUUCCUGCUUAUGAACAUUGUCACUGGCGAAACUGUCAGGUUCGGCAUGGGUGGUAACCAGGCCAAGGAGUUCCAGAAGCCAAAUGAGGAGAGGAAAAGGCUUAACGAGGAGCUGCGCAAGAGAAGGGAGGAGAAGAUGUCCAAGGCCAAGGGUGAAGAGUCUGACUCGUCAGAAAUCAACAUCCGGUCGGAUAGCAUUCUCACUUGGGAGGAUCUCUGCUACGACGUUCCGGUUCCUGGUGGUACCCGUCGUCUGCUGGAUCACAUAUAUGGUUACGUCAAGCCUGGCCAGCUGACUGCCCUGAUGGGCGCUUCCGGUGCCGGUAAGACGACUCUUCUGGAUGUCCUCGCCGCACGCAAGAACAUUGGCGUCAUCACUGGCGAUAUUCUCGUCGAUGGCGUCAAGCCGGGCAAGGAGUUCCAGCGCGGUACCGCCUACGCCGAGCAGCUCGAUGUUCACGACCCGACCCAGACCGUUCGUGAGGCUCUCCGGUUCUCGGCCGAUCUGCGCCAACCGUACGAUACCCCUCAGGAAGAGAAGUACCGCUAUGUGGAGGAGAUUAUUUCCUUGCUUGAGAUGGAGAGUUUUGCGGACGCUGUAAUCGGUACCCCCGAGGCCGGCCUGACGGUUGAGCAGCGCAAGCGUGUCACGAUUGGCGUUGAGCUGGCUGCCAAGCCUCAGCUCUUGUUGUUCCUGGACGAGCCCACUUCCGGUCUGGAUAGCCAGAGCGCGUUCAACAUCGUUCGCUUCCUCAAAAAGCUGGCUGCUGCUGGCCAGGCGAUCCUGUGCACCAUCCAUCAGCCGAACGCUGCCUUGUUCGAGAACUUCGACCGCUUGCUCCUUCUCAAAGCCGGUGGCCGCUGCGUCUACUUCGGCGACAUUGGCAAGGAUGCCUGUGUUCUGCGCGACUAUCUCAAGCGUCACGGCGCUGAGGCCAAGGAUUCUGACAAUGUCGCCGAGUUCAUGCUCGAGGCGAUCGGUGCCGGCUCGUCUCCCCGCAUUGGUAACCGCGAUUGGGCCGACAUCUGGGCUGACAGCCCCGAGUUCGCCAACGUCAAGGAGACGAUUCGCCAGCUGAAGGAAGAGCGCCGUGCCGCUGGUGCCAACCUCAACCCCGAACUCGAGAAGGAGUAUGCCUCGCCGUUCCUGCAUCAGGUCAAGGUUGUUGUCCGUCGUGCUAUGGUCUCUCACUGGCGCUCGCCCAACUACCUGUUUACGCGUCUCUUCAACCACGUCGUCAUCGCUUUGCUGACAGGUCUGACCUUCCUCAAUCUGGAUGACUCUCGUCAGUCCCUUCAGUACCGCGUCUUCGUCAUGUUCCAGGUCACCGUCCUCCCCGCCCUCAUACUCUCUCAGAUCGAGGUCAUGUAUCACGUCAAGCGCGCUCUCUUCUUCCGCGAGCAGUCCUCCAAGAUGUACUCGUCCUUCGUCUUCGCUCUCUCCCUCCUCGUCGCCGAGCUGCCUUACUCCAUCCUCUGCGCGGUCUGUUUCUUCCUGCCGCUGUACUACAUCCCCGGCUUGCAGUCUGAGUCCUCUCGCGCCGGCUACCAGUUCCUCAUUGUCCUCAUCACCGAGCUCUUCUCCGUCACUCUGGGCCAGGCCCUCGCUGCGCUGUCACCGUCCCUGUUCAUCUCUUCUCAGUUCGACCCCUUCAUCAUGGUCACCUUCUCCCUCUUCUGCGGUGUUACGAUCCCCGCACCCCAGAUGCCUGCUGGGUACCGCACCUGGUUGUACCAACUCAACCCGUUCACACGUCUCAUCUCCGGCAUGGUUGUCACCGCGCUGCAUGACAUGCCCGUACAUUGCACUCAGCACGAGCUGAACUCAUUCACCGCGCCACCAGGCACCACGUGCGGGGAGUACAUGCAGCCGUUCUUUGAACGCGGCGGGGCUGGGUAUCUGGUCAGAAACGAUACUACAGCAUGCGAGUACUGCGCGUACAAGGUGGGCGAUCAGUUUUAUGAGCCGCUGGGGCUGAGCUUUGACCACCGGUGGCGGGAUAUGGGGAUAUACAUCGCGUUUAUCGGCAGUAAUCUGAUUAUUCUUUUCUUGGCCAGCCGGUUCCUCAACUACAACAAGCGGUAA